AUGGAGUUCCCGAAUCUAGGAGCUAACUGUUCAGUGCCAACUUGUCGAAUGCUUGAUUUCUUACCCGUUCGAUGUUCUGGAUGUCAUGGUGUUUUCUGCAAGAAUCACUAUCUGUACGAUAGUCACAACUGUAAAAGUCCCGAUCUUAAGGAUAAGCAGGUUCCUGUGUGUCCCUUGUGCGGAACCAUAGUCCCUCUGAAACCAGGCGAGCUUCCAGAUGUAAAAGUUGGAAACCAUAUCGACACAGAUUGUCGGUCAAAGCCAGCUUUAGAGUUAAAAGGAAAGUUAUUCACAAAUGCUUGUUGUGUCCCACGAUGUAAAAAGAAAGAACUUAUACCUUUUGUUUGUGAUAGAUGCAAAUUAAAUUUCUGUGUUUCGCAUCGUAAUGAAUUAGAUCAUGAUUGUAAGGGAUUUCAACAAAAUCUGAAUAAUUCUAGAAAGUUGUCAACUUCUGGUGCAGCAGCUCUUUAUAGAGCUAUCUUUAGCAAUUUCAAUACAAAUUCGAUUUCGAAGAAUGUAUCGCCAACAAACACGAUUCACUCAUCAUCACCUGUUGCUACUUCACUGCCAUAUAGUGUAAAUUCCCGUGAACUUCAGGAAGAAGAAGAUUUACAACUGGCUUUAGCAUUAUCUGAAUCACUUUCCAGUCGAACAUCUCAUUCACAACCAUCUAGAACAACACGUCAUAAUACCUCUUCAAAAUCGUCGUGUAAUAUUUCUUAAUUUAUUUCCUAUUUCUGUGUAUAGAGUAAACUCACUUUACGCCUCAGGUUAUAUAUGUUCAU